GAAGCCUUUGACCAAGGACGAGGCGGCGAAGCUGUUGAGCACGGUGUUGGUGGCGCAGAAGCUGGAGCACCUCAGUGUUGAAGAUGUUACAGGUGCCCGAGUGGAGUCUAUCGGAAUGCUCUUCGUUCCUGGAGAGAUCAUGGGACUCGCAGAGCUUCCAAUCCUCCAUAGAAUUUCUGCAACGCAUCUCCACUGCCUCGCUCAACCAGGGUCAUAGUCCGAAGAGUGUCAAGUACGAGAACAUGAAGGGAAUGCACAAAACCACUAUCGUGCUUCAUACCACGCGUCUCGGAGGGCUGAGCUAUGCAGAUUUCCUGCUGGCGUUGAAGAUCGACCUGAUGCCUUUCAGACCGUGAGCGCGUCUUGGUACC